AUGAGGACCAUGAACACCUGGGACAAAGUACUGAUUACUGGGUAUGAACGACCCUCAAAGGAACAAGCAUACUACUUUAGUAAGAAAUUGACCAAGGAAGCUCAUCAAGCUUUAAAGCAAGAAAUUUUUGAUGUGAAAGCAAGUUGGGCGUCAUAUGGUGAAAGAUUCACGAAGGAGAUUAGUCCAACAUCGUGCGUACUGACUUUACCAGAUGGCUCGGAAAAUGAUGUGUUUAGCUAA